AUGGCCUUGCUCGCAUUUUCUCAGGGUGGAAAGUGGCCUUUCUGGCUAUCACCACGGCAGUGCAUGGUCAUCCCAGUGUCGGAUGAUGCGUUUGAGUAUGCAACGUAUGUCAAGGAAACGCUACAUGCUCGCGGUUUCCAUGUCGAAGCCAAUCUUGGCGAUGGAACCCUCAACAAGAAGGUCCGCGAGGCUCAGGUUGCACAGUUCAACUACAUUUUAGUGGUAGGCAAGGAUGAAGAGGAACAGUUGGCUGUGAACGUCCGUGUGCGUGGACAGAAAAGGCCUUUGGGCACCAAAGGGCUGCAGGAAUUCCUGGAAGAACUCGAGGAGGAAAACUCUCCGCGCGCCCUGAAGCAGCCGAAGGAGCUUGUGCCCUUUAGCCGGAAAUCGGAACAAAGCUUGCCACCCAUUGUAAAUUCAGCAUGA